CCGCUUUCUACUCUGCCCUAAAGCUCAGACCUUCCUGACUGGAAAGGCCCUGCUUCUGGGGCGGUGUUAGCUGGCAGCUUUGGGCCCGGUCUCUGCUGCUCCCAAGCGGUCCUUCUGGGUACUGCCGGGAUGAGAGGUGGGAGAGGAGGACCGAUCAUCUAUGGGGAGGAUCUGAUGGGGGACACAUCGGCUGCAGGAACCUGAGCGAAAAGGGGGAGCACUAAGACCCAGCGGUAGUGGAGGACUACAGCACCCAAGCGGGAGGAGGAAAACCAGGAGGUGGGGGUGGGAGCCAUCUGGUACCUUGGUAGCAUCCGCAACUGCACCAGCGAUAACGACAGCAAUGGCCAGUCAGUCUCAGGGCAUCCAGCAACUCCUGCAAGCCGAGAAGCGAGCAGCUGAGAAGGUAGCAGAUGCCCGAAAGAGAAAGGCCCGGCGUCUGAAACAGGCAAAGGAGGAAGCCCAGAUGGAGGUGGAACAGUACCGCAGGGAGCGAGAGCAGGAAUUCCAGAGCAAACAGCAGGCGGCCAUGGGCUCCCAGGGGAACCUAUCGGCUGAGGUGGAGCAGGCAACGAGGCACCAAGUGCAGGGCAUGCAGAGCUCCCAGCAGAGAAACCGUGAGCGUGUCCUGGCCCAGCUUCUUGGCAUGGUCUGUGAAGUCAGGCCCCAAGUCCACCCCAACUACCGGAUCACUGCCUAGGAUGCAUCAUCCCAGGACCUGACUCCCCCUGCCAGCCCCCUCCUCAAAAAAAAACCCCCAAACCAAAAUCACCUCCCAUCAUAGCCCGUCUCUCCUUUCCAUUCCCUGGAAAUCCUAGGAGACAGGACCUAAUAAUUCUCCUGUAAAACUUCUAAAUAUCCUGCUUAGACCUAAAUCUCCUUGUUCUAUAACCCUCACUGGGACCUUGUCACCUUCACCCAACCCCUAUGUGAAACUUGCAGCAUGGAGAAGUAGGGAUGUGGGAAACAUCCCGACUUCAGAGCCCGAUAGGCUUGGGUUCCCCCUCUGCACCCUGCCACUUGCUGAUAGGCAACCCUGUAUCCUCAAUGUCCCACUCUGUGAAUCUGGAAUAAUAACAAUGCCUACCUUGCCGGGUCGCUGUAAUGAUUAGGAAUCAUUCUGUAAUGAGCCUAGCAUGGUUCCUGGCAGGUAGUAGCUGUAAUUCCAUACAUGACAAUCUUGUGGUAUUACUUAUCCCUGCUCACCUGCCAAACUUAGACACAGCCGUUUCCUCGCUUCUGUCAAUAGCUCUGAUUCCAGUAAUUCAUUCUGUUACCCUAGUAAUUCUUGGAAGAAUUGUUUGUUUCUGCCUCCUUUUCUCCAGACUUUAUGAUCCUUGAAAGGACUAAAUGAUGACCUCCUUUAGCCUCUCUUCCACGGUUCUAGGAAGAUACUGCCUCUCUUAGGUUCUCUUUUUCUCUUAUCUUUAUUGGAUUUCCCCCUUUUCCUAUGUCCCCAAAGAGCCAUCAGAUGCUCACUGAUUCCUGAGAACUAAGGUGACACUGUGUCUACAUGUAUGCACAGCUUUCCUUUCUACAUUCUCAACACUUUACUUUCCCUUUAUAUUCCACCUAUUCGUGACAAUAAAAAUGUGUCAAUAAAAUAAUUUAUGGGCAAAUCAAUUGGUGAGUCAAAGCAGUCUCCUUUUGCCUCAUUAUUUCUUACUUUCAGUUACUCUUGUUCUUUGUUUACAUAUUUCAAACACCCAAGAGGGCUGUUCUUUGAAACUUGUUGUAGAAAUAAAAGCAAUAGUACAUUAUGGUUCCUAUGAAUUAGAAUCAACUCAACGGCAGUGGGUUUAGUUUUGGUUUGGUAUUUGGGAAACUGAGGACUAUAAAUGACAACCGUAGAGAAGAGCACACUUUGCCCCCUUACUUUUGUUUUUCUUCAUAGCACUUGAUGCUACUUGACAUUAUAUUUUUGCGUUUAUCUUUUAUCUCCCCAUUUAUGUAAACUCUUGGAGGACAAGGCUGUUCACUGCUGUCCCCCCAGAUCCCAGGAUAGCACUUGGUACAGGGUGGCCAGUUGAUAAAUAUUGAAUAAAUACUUAAGAUUGGGAAAAUGGCCCUUCAAUGACACCAUCCUUGAAUCAAUGUUAUUUCUCUUGGCCACAGAAGACAUGCCUGCUUUACCGCAGACUUGAGCUAAUGAGGUAAUCUGUAGUAUAUUUAUUAACCCAACUUUCUCUCUUUUCAAGUGAGGAGUUAGGAUACAAUAGAGAUUAAGACAUCACGUCCUGGAGAUGUCCCCAUCUUGGUUCUGCCAUAUGUACUAGCUGUAUUACUUUGGACGUGUUGCCUUACUUCUCUAAGCCUGUUUGCUUGUCCAUAAAGUGGGAAUAAUAAUGCUAUCUACUCCAUAGUGUUAAAUGGUUAAGUGUAGUAAUAGGUAAAGAGCUGAGUUCAAUGCCUAGCCAAACGUCUGUUAAUUUUGUUAAGCAGCUGGACAUCACAUCUCUAGUAUCUCAAAGAGGGGAGUGUUAAAUAUUUCAUUUAGGAUAAAAAUCUAGGCUGAACAAUGGGGCUCUUGGGAGGGCUAAGAACAUUCUGGUCGAAUUAGCAAUAUAUCUAGAAUGUUGUACAACCCUCAAGCCCUAUCAUUUAUCUUUAAUGCUUGGGGCAGAAUUCAGAUCCUGUUUCCCACUCAGCGAAUUCAGGACACCUUCCUGGCUCGGAGCCCCUGCCCACCAGACGCAAAGCCGUUGGGGCAUCAGCGACAACGGCCGACAUGA